AUGAUUACUAAUACUGUGUUAGGAAACCUGGAGAAGCUUUUCACAGCAGAACAUAACCUGGAUUUUUAUAGUGGUGCUGGUGUUACAGCUACUUACAUCUGCUCUACUAAGUCACACGCCAUUCAAUCUCUGGUAUUCGCCGCGUUUCGUAUUCUCAUCCAAAGACAUUCAAUACUUAGUGCCAUCCCACUUGAUGAACACAAAAGCGCACCGUAUUUUGGAAAACUAUCAGAGAUUGACUUACGUACUUGUACAUCUUUCGUCGAAAGAAAGGAAGCCAUCUUCCUAGAUGAUAUGGGCAUGGUCGAUAGAGAGCUAGAUGUACUGCUUGAGUCACAACAUAAACUCAAUUGGAAAGACGAUCAGGGAAAAAAACCAUUCUGGCGUGCUAUCAUCCUCCAGUCUGCAGGAUUGAAUAAUCAAAUAACGGUUUCAUGGAUAUUCCAUCAUGCACUGAGUGAUGGAGUCUCAGGAUUAGUAUUCCAUAAACACUUACUUCGAAUACUUAAUCAGCUUGAGCAGAAAGAACUACUGGAGGACGGACCAAUUGUAAAAAUACCGAAGGUAGAGCUUGUACCACCACUAGAAGGUCUAUAUAAACUCCGUCUAGGAGUUUCAUUCAUCAUAGAAAAUCUAUGGUGUGAGUGGAUUUCUAAAAGACAUUCGAAGUCGAAGCUUUGGACAGGUGCGAAGUGCACACCCGACCCGAAGUUCAAGACUCUCAAAUUUCGCACAAUUGUAUUAUCGAAACUGGACACUGAUAGUCUACUGGAGAUGAGCAGGAAUAACAAGACUACCCUCUCUGGAACAUUAGAAUGUGUUACGUCGGCUGCCGUUCUGGUGAACCUUGAUUCAAAGAAGUUCGAUCGGAUUACUGUUGCUGGAGCGAUCUCUUUUCGACGAUUCUUCCGUCUUGAAGGAAAGGAUAUCGACAAUGAGAUUGGUGUAUAUGUCUCGACAUACCGGAAUGAGCAUAUUAAUCCUAUAUCUACACACUCCGAUUUGAUUCAAGAGACGAAGGCAUCAGGGCAGAAUCAUGUCUCUAAUAUCUUUUCCUGGGACGAAGCCCGAGCUGUUCGGUCCGUGAUAAACGAGGAAAUUGCCAGAAAGGGAAGAAAUAGUAUGGCAGGUCUAGCUCAUUGGAUAGGCAACCCGAAUUCGUUCUGGCUUGGCAAACUUGGCAAGUACCGAGAAGAAGCAUUCUGUAUCACGAAUAUUGGAUCUUGGAAGCCUGAAACUUCUGAGGACGACAAAUGGAAGCUAAGUCGAGUGGUAUUUAGCCAGUGUUCUUCGAUUGUAGGACCUGCCUUCACGCUGAGUAUCGCUACAGGAGGGGAUGGAUGUCUAGUCUUGGGAUUUUCGUGGUUAGAAAGUGUUGUUGAGGCAUUGCUCAUGGAGCGCAUCAUGGAAAGCAUAAAGGAAUGUAUACAAUGUUUGGUAUCUGGAAGUAUGAAAAAUUAA